AUGUCGCGCAAGCGGAAGCUCUCCUCUACUUCCAUCGACGCAAUGCCAUCAGCUCAGGACUUUUCCAACGACCGGGACGGCGAAUCUGCCGGUUCCAAACUGACGGCUACCAUAAAGGGCCUUUUUGAGAGCAUUGCUGGUUCUGCCCCUGAUCCUACCAAUCCAGUCAUCAAUGGCGCCUCCGUGCAAUCCCGUCCAUUCCUAGCUCGAGUUUUGGCCGAUAUUGCCAGUCAAGCUCCCAGGCUGGGCGAAAACAUCGGCUUGAUCUCUUCUUUGGUUGAUACCAAACUGUUCGAUGGCGGCAUGGUGGAUGAUCGGAUCUAUCAGAUGGAGAGAAUCAUCCAGUUGGCUGCAUCAUUACCCGCGGAGUCCAAGGCUUUGGGUGAUCUGAGUGGUCAAUUCAUAAAGCUGCUGUGGGAGAACCUGGAGCAUCCUCCACUCUCCUAUCAAGGGGAUGCGUAUAAGUAUCGUACCGCGGAUGGCUGCAACAACAACAUCAUGUAUCCUCACCUCGGGAAAGCUGGCUCAUACUACGCUAGGACUGUUACUCCUCAGACUCUAAAGCCUGGUGUACUCCCGGACCCAGGUGUUAUUUUCGAUGCUAUCUUCGCACGUGAGGAAACACCGAGAGAACAUCCUAACAAAAUAUCUAGCAUGCUGUUCUACCUUGCAACCAUCAUCAUUCACGAUUGCUUCCAUACAGACCCGACCGACUACGGCAGAGUCAAGACAUCGUCCUAUCUAGAUCUUGCUCCUUUAUAUGGCAGUAGCCAGGAAGAGCAAAACAAAAUCAGAACAUUCAAGGAUGGCCUCCUGAAACCUGACGCCUUCUGUGAGAACAGAAUCCUUGGCUUUCCACCAGGUGUCUGUGCCAUCAUUGUGUGUUUCAAUCGGUUCCACAACUAUGUAGCAAUACAACUCAAAGAGAUCAACGAAGGGGGUCGAUUCAAGAUUCCUAAGGACGAGAGCGAUGAGAGGGCUGUCAAGAAGUUGGACAAUGACCUCUUCCAAACUGCUCGACUGGUCACAUGUGGGCUUUAUGUCAACAUCAUUCUUAAUGACUACGUGAAGACCAUCCUUAAUCUCAACAGAUCCAGCUCGACCUGGACCUUAGAUCCUCGCAAAGACUUCAGCGAGGUUUUUGACGCUCAGGGUGUGCCCUCCGGUGUGGGCAAUCAAGUCAGUGUGGAAUUCAACCUGGUUUACCGAUGGCACUCUGCUAUCAGUGUGAAAGAUGAGAAAUGGACCAAUGAAUUGUACAACUCCUUGUUCCCGGACCAGGACAUCUCCACAGUCACCCAGGCCGAUCUCCUGAAAGCCCUGAGACGCUGGCUCGAGAAGAUUGGCAGCGACCCGACGAAGUGGGAGCUCGAUGGCGGGAAAAUUAAGAGAACCGAGCGUGGCACCUUCCGCGACGAAGAUCUUAUCAAGAUCUUGAGUGAUGCCACUGAGGACGUAGCAUGCGCCUUCGGACCCAGAAACGUCCCCCUUGUGAUGAAGUUGAUCGAGACAUUGGGAAUGCAGCAGGCAAGAGCAUGGAAUGUGGCGACGUUGAAUGAACUCCGGAAGUUCUUCAAGCUGGAGCCUCAUCGAACAUUCUCCGACAUCACCAGGAACGAAGAAGUAGCUCGUUCAUUAAAGGCUCUCUACCAGCACCCCGAUUAUGUCGAACUUUACCCUGGUCUAGUUGCUGAAGAUGCCAAGGAUCCGUUGGAACCGGGCUCCGGCCUAUGUCCCGGGUACACCAUUUCCAGGGCUAUCCUUGCAGAUGCGGUUGCGCUCACUCGAGGCGACCGCUUCUACACUAUCGAUUACACGCCAGCCAACUUGACUUCGUUUGGCUGGGCACAGGUCAACUCUGAUCCCGAUGUUGCGCAAGGUGGCUGUUUCUACAACUUGGUCAUGAGAGCCCUGCCAUUCUACUAUCGAGGUAACUCGAUAUACGCCAUGUACCCAUUUACAGUACCAGAAGAGAACCGCAAGAUCAUGGCCAAACUCGGCAAGGAAGAGCAAUUCGACUAUCAGAGGCCGUCAUAUAUUGGACCUCCAACAUCGAUCCGCUCAUGGAAGGCAGUGACCGACAUCUUGAAGGACCAAGCCUCAUUUGCGGUUCCGUGGGGCCCUCAUACCUAUUCCUUGACCAAACACGAUUAUAUGCUGAGUGGCGACAAGCCAUCCAACGCAACGCAACGCAAAGAUGUGCAGAACGCCCUCUACUGUCCUGUCAAUGGUUUAAAACAAGUGCAAACGUUCUACGAAGAUCUAACAACUCAAUUAGUUGUCGCAAGGUCAGAACGCUUGAGAGGCGAGUGGUACCAACUUGACGCGUGCCGUGAUGUUGGCAAUCCAUCACACGCUAUUUUCGUUGCCAAAUUGUUUCACUUGCCACUCAAGAAGCGUGGAGACAUGAACCUGGCUGCCGUCGAGGUUGAUCAACUCUAUCUGGCUCUUUCCGUCCUGUUUGCAUAUGUGUUCCUGGAUCUUGAUACCGCACGGUCAUUCAAAUUAAGGGGCGGAGCAAAGACGGCAACCGAACAGAUCGGGAAACUCGUCAAGGUUGUCUGCGAAGCUGUCAAGGUCGGCGGCUGGCUCCAUCUUGGCGAUCUGCUUCCAAUGGGAACCGCUGGGAAGAUGCUAGAAGAUUACGGUGCCCAACUCCUGAAACGUUUGUUUGAAGGCGGGAAAUCGGUGGACGAGGUUGUGUGGACUAUCAUUCCCACUGCUGCCGCGGCUGUUGCCACGCAAGCGCAGCACUUCACCCAAAUGUUGGACGUUUACCUGAAAGAGGAGUAUUAUACGAAGCACUGGUCCGAGAUUCAAAGGUGCGCAUGGUCGAAUGCACCAGAGGACUUUGAGAAGCUCAAGGGCUAUGCUCUCGAAGCAAAUCGUCUGGCCCCCGCCGCCUUCGGCCUGCUCCGCAAAUCCAACGUCGACACUGUCAUCGAUGACGAUGGAACACCAGUGGAGAUCAAGACCGGAGAUCAAAUCUACACGGAUUUCAUCACCGUCGGGCUCGACGAGAAAGUCUUCCCCAACGCGCGCGAAAUUGAUCCAAAUCGUGAUCGCUCGCUGUACAUCCACCACGGCUACGGUCCUCACUCGUGCCUCGGUCGACCCAUCGUCGAAGUCGCCAUGGCAGCUCAGUUGAAGGUAUUCGCCAAACUGAAGAACCUUCGCCGCGCGCCAGGCUCCCAAGGUCAGCUCAAGAAAACGAUUCCUCAACCAAAUCCGACAAGUAGCGACCCUAAACCCAAUCCGGGCAGCAUCGAGGUCUUCAUGCUCGAAAAUUACUCCUCCUGGUAUCCUUUCCCGACAACGCUGAAAGUACACCACGACGGCCUACUACAGGACCAGCCGGACCAACUGGCUGCUGAAACCGGUGUGCCCGGCAUUCAAGACGAUAUCCAGGACAGCGAUAUGGCGCAGAGCAACGGUGUACACAGCACUGGCUACAACGAGGAGAUCCAAACCGCAUGA